AUGCCUAAAGACGUACACAAGAAUUGUGCUUUGGACUUGUUCAAUGCAAAACGGGGUGUUUGGCUGGUUAAAGUGCCAAAAUACGUGGCCAACAGAUGGGAGAAAGCACCAGGCAACAUUGAAGUGGGAAAACUCAGAAUCAGGAAGCCUCCAGGUCAGAAGGCACAAGUCUCCUUGACUUUGGCCGAUGAAAUAUUGAACAUGACCGAAGCUGGAGAAGAGAACAUCCCACAGGAUCACGUUUUAAACGUGUCCACAGUCACACAACAAACUUUAGGGGUGUUCUCUCAUUCCACUGAGGGCUCAGAUGGUCAACAACCGGAAGCUGAGAAGCUGUACAUGGAAGGUAAAAUUGUACAGAGACUUGAGUGCCGACCUCAUUACGAUAACACUUACAUGUCACUGAAGAAGCAAAGCAUUAAAACAGCUUCGAUACCCAACAGGAAAGUGGUGCAGCUGGACCGAGCUGUGAACACAUACAAACCUGUGUCUGACCACAAGAACAACAUCAAAUAUAUGGAGAGGAAGAAAGCAGAGGGCAAAAGGGCGCGUGACGAUAAAGAUGCCGUUAUGGAAAGGUUGUUUGCUGCCUUUGAGAAGCAUCAGUAUUACAACAUUAAGGAUCUGGUCAAGCUUACCAAUCAACCGGUGACGUAUUUGAAGCAGAUUCUUAAGGAGGCGUGCAGCUACAACAUGACGGCUCCGCAUAAGAACAUGUGGGAACUCAAGCCUGAAUUUAGGCAUUAUAAGAAAGAAGAGGAUCAAUAA